CAAGCGUCAUGGAUCCCAUUGAGAUAGACGGCUCGAUUUUGGAAGGCGGAGGACAGAUCCUCCGAAAUUGCGUGGCUUACUCUGUGUUGUCAAUGCGUCCUAUAUAUAUUCAUUCUAUUCGCGGAAACCGCAAGAACCCUGGGUUACAGCUGCAACAUCUCACUGGGAUUCUCCUAGCUGCUCAAUUAUCAGAGGCAAUUGUGUCCGGUCUGGAAAAGAACUCCCUCACACUCACCUUCCAGCCCACACGUCCCCAAAUAUCUAUGGACAAAACCAACGCAGGACCUAAAACAUACGUAGCUGAGAUCUCAAGCGCCGGUGCUUGUACUUUGGUUCUGCAGUUAGCUUUACCCAUCGUCCUUUACAAGGCAACAAAUCUGCAAAUUAUUGUAAAGGGUGGCACAAAUGUCCCUUUGUCACCUAGUGUCGAUUAUCUUCAAAGAGUUCUUUUCCCGACCUUGUCUUUUGCUUUUAGCAUCCCAGGCGUGAAUUUGUCCGUUGUAAAACGAGGGUUCAUGCCCGCAGGUGGAGGGGAACUCCACGUUACCGGACACACCAUACAAGGUCGGCAGGGAUGGAAGCCGUGUACGAUCUUGGAUAAGGGUCAAAUUGUAUCAUACGAAGCGAUCUUUACGGGAUGCUGUACUCAACAAUUCUUGUCUGAAUUGACGUCUCAAGUCAGUAGACGACCACAGUAUGUUUUGCUUUGUGAGGAUUUGCACAUUGUAGCAAAGCACACUUCACAAUCGCAGCUACUUCUCGUAGCAAGAACCGAUACAGGAUGCAUCUUUGGAGCUUCAGCUUUAGGAGGAAAGUACCAAAACGGAGAAAAGUUGUUUCGUUCGGCGGAAAAAGUGCUUCUUAAACAGCUCAUGGGCAGAUCUUGCGUUGACGAGUACCUGCAAGAUCAACUUAUCGUCUACAUGGCAUUAGCGAAGGGCCAAUCUAAUGUUCGCACGGGACCUUUGACUUUACACACAAGGACUGCUAUACACUUUGCGCAGGUCAUGACGGGCGCGAUUUUCAACAUCAAAAGAGAUGAGGAUAAACUGGAUUGCGAUCAGUCCCACGAAUCUUAUGUCAUUACUUGCGAUCCUUGUACAUCAGGGGACAUUUGAGAUUGGCGAGUCGGAUCACCCUCUUGCUGUGGCAGUUGUUGGGACUGCUGAUGUUUUGAUAAUGGGGGGAAACGACGCUGUUGUACCGAGUGAUGGCUCUUUUCAUCCACCGGUUGUUCUGCAUGAGUUGUGCUUGAUUCGCGGCAUCCUUUUCGAGACAUGGAUUGUUGCAAUGGACUGGGCAACCAGAAAGCACACAAUUGCUGUCAAGAUCGGAGCGAAAAUGGCCACCUGACCUACCGUACAAAUGAGUACUAUCACGGCGGCAAUCAGUAUGAUGGAGAUAGUAAAGGUCAACACAACCCUCGGAGAAGCAUUGGGGACGUUGGCACCUAAACAAUGACAUUUGCAAUUUGUUGCGCGGUAGUAGGAUCCAAAGACGGAUCCUCUGCCUCUACGUCAAUAAGAUAGGCAUCGUUGUAGAGGUGUGAGGAUAAAGGAAUACUCAUCUUCUUUUCCCUUCUUGGUUACUUUAUAUCGCGAGAUCCUCCCGUUUCUAUAAUUAGCUUUGGUCUGGCUCCAUUUAAACAAGAAGCUACAUAUCCUUUGUAAGCACUAGGACAAAACAUAUCCACCAGUAGUUGAGUAGUAGACCACUAGAAUAUUGUAUUACAAGUUAUAGUUGUUUGUAAACUAGGGCUUUUGCUUCCAGUACCACAUCUGUGCUGUCUUUGUUUUCGAAAAGCCUGCUCUUGCA